UAUAUCCUUUUACGCAGUUCAAGCGGGUCCUAUCGUGAUAUGUGUAUAGCAAUAAGUCUCGACAUUGAUAUAACGCGUUACGUAAAAUUAGGGAUUUCAUAAUGUUGCGCAAUCACCAGGAAAUCUGCAGAAAGUUACCAUCGAAUAUGAAAGAUUACAUUAGAGGUCAGCACAGACUGGGAUGAUAAUUUAGCAUCAUCUACCGCCAUAAUAUGAAACCGUACCUACGAAAUAAAAUGUCGGUUUCCUAAAUAUAUUGUGAAUCAAACAAAAGGAUUGUUUUCUUCUUCAAUAUUCUUCGUUAUUUAACAUGAGUGAUGAGGAAGAUACUCUUCUUAACGAAGAUAAAGACCAGGAUGAAAUUAGGAAGGAGCUCUCACAGAUGAGUUUCGAAGAUCUGCAAAAGCUAAAAGAGAAAUUAGGUUCUAAAAUAUAUAAGGAAGCACUUUUUGGUCCACGGAAGCUUAACAAGAAAACUGAAUUUAAACGAGAAAAUAAAAACAGACCGCGUGAAAUAUCUUCAAAGAAACCUGUUUCGCGAUUCAGAGAAGUGGUGCAGGUGAAGAAGUACAUUCCAAGAGACCCUCGAUUCGAUAGUCUAUGUGGCACGUAUGAUCCGAGGAAAUUUAAAAGAAGUUAUGGGUUCAUUAAUGAAAUAAGAGAGAAUGAUAUCAAAGAAUUAAAAAAGGAAUUGACUGAGAGUAAAGACCCAAAAAAGAUAAAGAAGAUCAAAUACCUUAUACAGAGAUUGGAAAAUCAAUUACGCGAAGAAAAAAGAAGAAAUUUGGAAGAACAAAAAGAGUAUGAAGAAAAGAAAGAGAUUGCAGAGGCCAUCAGGCGUGGUGAAAAACCAGUAUUCAAAAAGAAGUCUGAAAAACGAAUUUUGAGUUUAGUUUCUCAAUAUGAGGAACUGAAAAAUUCAGGCAAACUAAAGAAACAUAUUCAACGAUUGCGCAAGAAGAAUCAACAAAGGGGCAGACGACAGUUAGCGUCAGCAGACUCUGAAUAAAAGAACAAGUCGCGCCUGUCCUGUAACAAAUAUUUACGCCUGUGUGCUGAAAGUACUAGUCAGGAAGGUAGGAUAAAGAGUGCUUUAUUAAUUAUGUAUUUUUUAUUUAACAUCAAAAGUAAUGACACUUGGGUUGGACAAUGUCUCUCGUUUCUUCCUUAAUGUAAUUCACGUGUGAAAACAGAACUUACAGAAUAAUCAAUAUGAAAGGAAUCGUCAAUCAGAAGAGAUUGUUUGGUAGAGCGGUGUACAUUUUCUUUUCAUUUAUCUCUGAGCGUGUACGUGUGUAUAUCUCUCUCUAUGUUCGCACGUGUCUCUCAGCGUGUGUGGUGUGUAUGUGUGUGAGGUGUGUAUCAUAUAUGCGGCGCUAAAACGAAAAACAGAAAAAGAGUAUGAAACCCGUAUGGAAAAGGCGGACCAUUUAAACAGACCACCUUCUCGUGGGUCACCGUUCAUGCGCGAUCCGUUUGUCCGUCUGCAGUUAUUUAAAAUAUGUACAAUAUUAAUAAAACAUCAUUCAUUUUUUUUUUUUUUUGUUUAUAUUUUAAUCAUUCAAUGAUUCUGUUGUGAUGUGGCGGGCUGUGCAGGGGCGACGUUUCACAGAAUUCUCGUGACACUAUUCUUUAUUAUUUUAAGCAUUUGUUUUCUUUUUUGUCUCCUCCUCAAUUCCCAGAUUUUUGAUUUUAUUUCUUGAACUCGAAUAUUUUACUGCCAAUUAUUAUUGUGUUCGAUCGCGGCAACAGAAAAGCGAAGAAUCCGUUAUAUUAAAACACACGAUCUCUCGCCCACAUUCACACAUUUCUCUUUUUCUCCCGCUCUUUUACGCCGAUUCACCCGAAAAACCAGUUUUGCGACGAUUGCGUUGUUUUUGGCGAGGUUACCCGUUUGCAGAACACGAAAAGAUUUGCGACUCGUUUACCGAGGAUUGUCUUUUCCUAUGAAUCCGCGGGCGUAAUACAAGUGAGAAGAAAACGAUGGCGUCGCCGAAACGAGGGAAUACAAUAUAGCCGCAAAUCUAUCCGCGUAACCGGAAACGUAGCGAAAAGAAAACAAAGAAGAAAAGAAAAACACGGUUCCGUACGUAAAAGGAUCACUGAAAAUCUAUGCAUCUCUACAUAUGACGCGUUUCAAGAAAAAGAAAAAGAAAACUAUAUAUAUAUAUAAAAGAGAAAGAAAUAAAAGAUCGAUGUACCAUGCGCACAGAACGAAGCAAAAGCGGAUUCUCUCGUUUGUGUCCCGCUCAGUCCGCCGCAAGAUAUUGUGGUCUUAGACCGAAUUUUAUUUCCUCUCAUCGCCACUUUUCCUUGAUUUUCUAUUUUUUCUCUCUCUCGCGCGCUCUCUCUCUCCCUUACUCUCGUCAUCGUCGUCGUUAUACUUUUCAUAUCUUUAUCUUUGUUCUCUUUUUUUUUGUUCGCUUAUACGUACUUUGUUUUUUUUCUUCAACAACACGAUCUAGACUAAACCAUAUAUAAUAAUUACAUCUAAUAAUAUCUUAUUGUAACAUGUAUUAUAUUAUAAUUAUUAUUAUUAUAUUAUUAAUGUUUAAAUUAUUUGCCUAAAGUAAAGAGGCGCACGACGGCAAAGCAUUUUUUUGGGCUUCUACGCCCCCCGGGCACGGAACACCCUGUCGACAAACCACGGAUCCUCCGAUCCAGCUCCGGUACCCAUGUCGGGAGCGAUUUUACUGAAAUGAAUGGGCCAAUGCAUCAUCCCCCCUACCGCCAUGCUUAUACCUCGCUAUCACUCCUCGAUCUCUCUUCUUUCCGAUUCUAUCUUUCUUCUUUUCGUUCGCGUCCUAUCUCAAAACACGGGGAUCCGCUGAAGGCAAUCUGUUUCCCAUUUUUUGUUUUUCUUUUCUUUUCUUUUCUUUUUGUUUGGUUCGAUUUCGUUGUGACAGGAAUGAUCGAUCUUUCUAGAUAACACACACACGGAGCUAUCGGUAUACACUGUCCCGCAACGCGAAACCAAGAAACACCAUGAAAAACGGAAUUAACUGGCAUUAACAUUGAACAUCUCUCUGCUUCUCAACAUCUAGCACUGUAACGACUGAUUCAUGUUUUUUAUUUCGACAAUUUUCGAGCAUCUUCCUCUUCCGCGAAGAAGAAGAGAACUGGGGACGUUUUCUUAAUGUGAUCAUUUCGUAUGUACCUUUUUGUCGGUGUGUAAUCAAAGUCCGAGUUCGACGAGCAACGCGACGGUACACUGCAGCCCUCUAUCUGUUUCUCCCUCUCACUUUUUUCUUUCCUGUCCCGGUUUCUUUCAAAGAGUUAUCGGUUGGAUUUGAAUGACGAUCCACGUGUCUCAAAAAACGAUUCGGUUAAAGCUUCGCCGGUCCUACCGAAUUUUUUUGAUUGAAUUCGAUUAUUCAAAAUUCAACAUGGUUGUUACGUGUUUGUGAACGGGACCGAAUAAUUCAACCAGCCCCUCGCGCGCACAACAGAGAAAAUUCAUCGGAAGGGCUGGAGGAAAGUCGUAGCCCUUGGAAUACAUAUUUCUUUCUUAUAUUCGCGAACAUGGUAAAAUUCGGCGGGAUUGGCAAGCGAAGAACGUGUUACGCGUGUACGGCACCUCGAGAACACCUCGAUUAUUGAACACUUAGGGUAGUUUUGGGGCCAGGGCCGCCGAGCGAGCGUCACCCUUCGUCUACCUGAAUCCUCGACGGUCCGUUCGCCUUGAUUCGCGCGGAACAGAGGAACCAGAGAACGUGGUAAACACAUCGAGGCUGUUCGUUGAUUUCGGGGUAUCGUCGCAAUUAUGGCAAACGACGAUGAAAUUUAUUCGACAAACGGGUUUGUCGUUACCUACGCUCCGCCCCGGUUCUCCGCUCGAAACGAAGCGCCCUCUUCACCGACGUUGCCAGCGCAUGCGCGCGCGUACACAUCGAAAAGCCGCGAAAGCGAGCAACAAGGAUUCAAAAUCGAUAUAUAGGCAAAAAGAGAAACGAAAACGAAUUUUUGUUGGUAUGCGUUUUUUUUUCACAUCGAAGAAGCUCGAAAUAAGACCUGAUAUGAUCGCACGUCUCGGAUCGUCCCGGCCCGAAAAGUCGCGUGGCAGGCAUUUUAAGUCACCUUCGUUCGUUUUGUUCAUUUUUUUUUUUUAGAUUUUUCUUUUUGUAUUGUUGGUGGUGGCUUGUUGUUGCUCCUACAAAAUUCGAAGGGGCGUUGUUUCGAUACUGACACACACAUA